AUGGACUACUUGAAGGAAAUAGAAGGCAAAAGAGUCCAUGAUUAUCAGCAGAAAAAGAGUGAUAAAAUGGUAACCCCUAUAUGGUUUCCAGGACCAGUUAUAAUAGGUGCUGGUCCCUCAGGGCUAGCUGCAGCAGCAUGCCUUAAACAAAAAGGUAUUCCAAGCCUCAUCCUUGAAAAAGCUGAAUGCUUAGCUUCAAUGUGGCAACUCAAGACUUAUGAUCGCCUUCGCCUUCAUCUUCCAAAGCAAUUCUGUCAACUACCUCUCAUGCCAUUUCCCAAAAACUUACCCUCUUAUCCAACCAAACAACAAUUUUUGGCCUACCUGAAUGCCUAUGCUGAUCAUUUUGACAUAAAACCAGCUUUUGGAAAGACUGUGGUUAGUGCUGAAUUUGAUCAUAGCUCUGGAUAUUGGAGGGUGAAGACUCAAAAAUUGAAAAAGAAGGAGGCAGAAUAUGUUUGUAAGUGGCUGAUAGUAGCUACUGGAGAGAAUGCUGAGGGAGUGGUGCCUCAAAUUGAAGGGAUUGAUGAAUUUGAAGGGCCUAUUAUACAUACUAGCUUGUAUAAGAGUGGAAGCAUGUUUUGUGGAAAGAAUGUUUUGGUUGUGGGAUGUGGAAAUUCAGGCAUGGAGGUUUGUUUGGAUCUCUGCAACCAUAAUGCUCUCCCAUCCCUAGUGGUUAGAGAUACAGUGCAUAUCUUGCCACAGCAAAUGUUAGGGAAAUCAACUUUUGGUUUAUCUAUGUGGUUGCUUAAGUGGUUCCCAAUACGUUUCGUGGAUCAAUUCUUACUCUUAAUGUCACAUCUAAUGCUUGGGGACACAGCUCAAUUUGGACUUCAUCGUCCCAAACUUGGUCCUCUAGAGCUCAAGAACUUGUACGGCAAGACACCAGUUUUGGAUGUUGGGACACUUGCUCAGAUCAAAAGUGGUAAAAUUAAGGUUUGCCGGGGAAUUAAACGACUAUCACAGAAUACAGUGGAGUUUGUUGAUGGAAAAGUAGAGAACAUUAAUGCCAUCAUUCUAGCGACUGGUUACAAAAGCAAUGUACCCUCUUGGUUAAAGGGAACUGACAUGUUUAGUGAGAAAGAUGGGUUGCCCCGGAAACCAUUCCCAAAUGGAUGGAAAGGUGAAAAUGGACUCUAUGCUGUGGGAUUCACUAAACGUGGCUUGCUUGGUGCAUCUAUUGAUGCAAAGAGGAUUGCAGAAGACAUUGAACAUAGCUGGAAAGCUGUUGAGGCCAAUCAUGUUAUGGAGUUCCCUUGUUCACUUGCAUGA